AGCAAAAACCAAGUCAUGACACAUCGGAGUAGCAAUAGCCCCGAUUACGCACCAAGGCAUAGCAAAAACCACCCCCGAUUACGAACCAAGGUAGUAGCCCCACCCCCAGACUCGGAGUAUGAGAAAUUAACCUUUAAAUGCCCAUAUGGUGGAGGAUCCUAUCUCAUUGCACGAACCACACGCGGGGAACAUGUAAAUCAAUAUCUGAAUACGAAUGAACAAGACGUCGAGCAAUCCAUGGAGGGCGCGCUGAGUUGCUCAGCAACAGAGACGACAUGUGCGAACAGGAAGGAGAAGAGAAAAGUGGCAAAGAAGGACAAGAGGAAGCAGAAGAGGAGGGAGCUGGCAGAGAAGUUACGAAUAGAAGAGGACGCUUGCCUCAACGAUCCGGAGGAGCAGCGCAGGGUUCAGCUGGAGGAGGAGGCGGAGAAUCAGAGGCUAGAGAGAGAAAGGAAGGAGUUCGAGGAGAGAGAGCGGCUAUUUCUCGAGGAACUAGCUCGCAGAAAAGCUGAGGAGGAAGAAGAAGAGCGGAUAAGAGCUAUUGAAGAAGAAGAGAGGUUGAAACAAAACCAGGCUGCCUGUGAAAACGAAGAAAAUGAUGAUGAAGAGUGGGAAUAUGUAGAAGAUGGGCCUCCUGAAAUCAUAUGGCAAGGAAACGAGAUAAUUGUCAAGAAAAACAGAGUUAGAGUGAAAAAGAAAGAUGUGGAACAUCUGGCAGUUAAAGAGGAUCCGUCUAGGCCAACUUCAAAUCCUUUACCUCCACAAUCUGAAGCAUUUGACGAAUACAAUAAUGCUUCCACACUUUCAGCCCAAGGGCUGUUGGAAAAUGUUGCUCAACAGACUCCAAAUUUUGGGACAGAACAAGAUAAAGCUCAUUGUCCUUUCCACAUCAAAACUGGAGCUUGUCGCUUUGGGUCACACUGCAGCCGGAUUCACUUUUAUCCUGACAAAUCCUGCACAUUACUUGUGAAAAACUUCUUUGCUCUCCAGUGCACAGAUGAGGAGGUUGAACAUAGUUAUGAAGAAUUUUAUGAGGAUGUGCAUACAGAAUUUUUGAAGUUUGGAGAGAUAGUAAAUUUCAAGGUAUGCAGAAACAGUUCAUCCCAUUUACGGGGGAAUGUCUAUGUGCAGUAUAAAUCAUUGGAUUCCGCUGUGCUUGCUUAUCAAUCUAUAAAUGGUCGUUAUUUUGCUGGCAAACAGAUUACAUGUGAAUUUGUUAGCGUGAUGUUGAAUGGAGAACUCCAUAUUUCAUAUAUUAAUCAAAGGCAUAACACCUAUUUAUACAAGACUAUACAAUACUAACUAAGGUAAGUAUAGGAAAUAAAUCUCUAAGAAUAUGUACAUAAUCCCUAAGAUCAUAUUGAAUAUAUUUCUACCAUAUAAUGUCUAACACGUGACAAGAUGGAAGGUUGCUAUAUGCGGGGAGUUUAUGAAAUCAAGGCUUAAGGUAAGCGUC